AUGUCGAAUACCUCGUCGACACCCACGUUCAGUCUCGAGGACCGCAUCCAAGCCUUGCCACAAGAACUUCAAGAUGAGAUCCUCGAGCAAACCAUCGCCAUCGAGCCAGAUACGGCCAUCAUUCUCAGUCCAUCUUACCGCCCACCCCUCGGCCUCCAUCUCAACCGCAAGAUCCGACACAAGUUCGCCUCAACCUACUACUCCACCACCGCCUUCCGUGCCCAAAUCAGCCACAUCUCGCAGCUUCCCACUCUAAACAACUUCCUCUCCUCUCUGCCCGCCCACCACAUGCAACACCUCACGAAGGUCGAAUACGAAGACUGCACCCCUAUGGCCUCAGACAAUAGCACAAUGAUCGCCAUUCUUCCCAACUCCUACGCCGUCCGUAUGAUUGCCUAUGAAAAGCUACUGUACUGGAGGGGCCAACUUCCACGUUUCGUGAAGGACAACAUCGCGUCACGGGCGCUUCGUGUGGUAUAUGCGGAUGUGGUUGAUGGUGCGAAGGUGAAGUGGGUGUGCCGCGGUUAG